GCGGAGGGGCUGCCUUCGCCCCUAUCCAGACAAGAUGCUUCGCGGAGGCUGUAAGGCCUCUGAAAGGCGAAGACACUUUAGCGACCGCCUCAACUGGCAACAAGACCAGGCGCUGAGCAGCAGCAUCUACCUCCUACGAGAGAUGGGCCCCACCUCCUUUCUACUGAGAGAGGAAGAGCCGGAAAACAGGGAUUUCCGAGUUUCUCUAGGAAAUCCUCAUGUUUGUAAUUGUUCCAUAUUUCUGAAAGGAGGGGAACUUUGUAAACAUAUAUGCUGGGUCUUGUUGAAAAAAUUCAGGCUUCCAAGGAAUCAUGAAUCUGCUUUGCAGUUAGGUCUUGUGGAAAGAGAAAUCAGCAACUUGCUUCGAGGGAUACAUCAAGUUCAAACUCCCCAACAAGGAAGGAACAAUGAAAAUGCACAGAUUGAAGAAGAUGGUUACAUUAAACAGAAGGAAAUUAGUUCAGAUGAUAUAUGCUCUAUUUGUCAAGAAGUACUUUUAGAGAAAAAGGUUCCUGUCACCUUUUGCAGGUUUGGCUGUGGCAAUAGUGUUCAUAUAAAAUGCAUGAAGAUCUUAGCUAAUUAUCAGGAUAAGAUAUCACACACUUCCAUGUUGAAAUGUCCCUUGUGUAGGAAAGACUUUGCACCAUUAAAACUUGUUUUAGAGGAAUUCAAAAACUCUAGCAAACUUGUGGCUACAGCUGAGAAAGAGCGACUAGACAAACACCUUGGAAUUCCCUGUAAUAACUGUCGACAGUUUCCAGUUGAGGGGAAGUGUUAUAAGUGUACCAAAUGUAUAGAAUAUCACUUAUGCCAGGAUUGUUUUGAUAGCUGCUGCCAUCUUUCUCACUCAUUUACAUUUCGUGAGAAGAGAAAUCAAAAAUGGAGAUCGUUGGAAAAAAGAUCAGAUGAAACUGUAAAAUAUAUAGAUAUUAAAAAUGAGAUAGAAAAGAUGCCACAUUUUCAAGAAAAGCAAGGCCAAGUUUACACACCAAAACAUGUGGUAAGGUCACUGCCUCUCUUACUGAUCACAAAGAAUAGUAAGCUGCUUGCUCCAGGCUACCAGUGUCGACUUUGUUUGAAGGCAUUUUGUCCUGGUCAGCAUACAAGAUUGCUACCAUGUACUCACAAGUUUCAUAGGAAAUGUAUUGACAGUUGGUUACUCCACAAGUGCAAUUCAUGCCCUAUUGAUGGACAAGUUAUAUAUAACCCUUUAAUCUGGAAAGAUAGAGCAGUGAAUGGACAUGCACAUCAAUCUGUUUCAAACACAAACAUCAUUAAUCUGUCAAAACAGGAAGAACCAGAACUUUUUAUUCCUGGUACUGGAUUAGUAUUAAAACAAAAUAGACUUGGAAUUUUACCUAUCAUACCUCAGCGUAAUUCUGAAAAGUUGAAUGCACCUCAAAGUCCAAUAGAUACUUAUCAGAAUAUAACAAUAGAUGAUCUGUAUUCUGUCAAAGUAGAUGAUUCAAAUUCAAGAAAAUCAAUCUAUGAAUAUAAAAUUAGCCAACGUUUCCCCAGCUAUCUCCAAGAUUUACCCACUGGAUCCUUUGGAAAAAUAUCAUCUCAAACGUUUUUUCCUUCUAUUGAUCACAAGAAUAUUAUAUAUCCAACUGGAGUGGAAAACCCAUGUAUCAGUAAAAACCACCAUGCCGGUCAAAGCCAGAAGAUAAACAAAGACUGUAAACGUGUUAACCACAAUUCAAAAAAGACUCUUGGUAAUAAAAUAAGAGAGGACAACACGAGACCAAAUACUUUGCUUCCAGAAGAUUUAAAUCUUAUUGUCAAUUGGGGUACAACUAAGCUUAGUUUGUCUAAGAGGUAUAAUAAUUGUAUGGGGAAAAUUAGACCAAAAUGUAGUCAUUUAUCCAGAAGGCCUAUAUCUCACCCUUUAAGUACAAAAAGUACUGAACUAUCUUUAAUAUUGGAAGGAGUUCAGUUAUAAAAAUGUAUUGUAUUAAAAUCAGAAAAUAUUUGAAUAUUGAACAUAACUUUUUUUUUUUGUAGAACAUAAAAACACUAUACACUCUUGACAAAUAUUCUCUGUUGUUAUUUUGCCUACUUGUCUAUGAAUAAUGAACUACA